CGUCACGUCCCGUCCGGGCGGAAGUCCUCCCCUGGCCGACCGGGAAGUAGCAGAAGACUGGGCGAUGGCAGCUCUGGAGGCCUCGCUCCGGGGCAGACCCGACGCCACGGUGCCCCCGCGGUAGACCGGACUAGGGUGGCGGGCUCCGGGUCCCGAGGGAUGGAGGGGACUAAAACUUCCAGCAGCACCAUGCAGGUGAGCUUCGUGUGCCAGCGUUGCAGCCAGCCCCUGAAACUGGACACGAGCUUCAAGAUCCUGGAUCGUGUCACCAUCCAGGAGCUCACAGCUCCAUUACUUGCCACAGCCCAGGUGAAACCAGGAGAGACCCAAGAGGAAGAGGCUAACUCAGGAGAGGAGCCAUUUCUUGAAACUCGCCAGGAUGGUGUCUCUCGCAGAUUCAUCCCCCCAGCCAGUCCAUCCAGGCCAACCUUCGUGCUGAGUGCCCCUGUGGAAGACCAGCAUGGCCUUCCCUUGGGAGAGAGGAUGAUGUCUACAGAAAGUGCCAACAGCUUCACUCUGAUCGGGGAGGCAUCUGAUGGCGGCACCAUGGAGAAUCUCAGCCGAAGACUGAAGGUCACUGGGGACCUUUUUGACAUCAUGUCAGGCCAGACCGAUGUGGAUCACCCACUGUGUGAGGAAUGCACAGACACUCUUUUAGACCAACUGGACACUCAGCUCAACGUCACUGAAAAUGAGUGUCAGAACUACAAACGCUGUUUAGAGCUCUUAGAGCAGAUGAAUGAGGACGACAGUGAACAGCUACAGAGGGAGCUAAAGGAGCUGGCAUUAGAGGAGGAGAGGCUGAUCCAGGAGCUGGAAGAUGUGGAAAAGAACCGCAAGAUAGUGGCGGAAAAUCUCGAAAAGGUCCAGGCUGAGGCUGAGAGACUGGAUCAGGAGGAAGCUCAGUAUCAGAGGGAGUACAGUGAAUUUAAGCGACAACAGCUGGAGCUGGACGAUGAGCUGAAGAGUGUGGAAAACCAGAUGCGUUAUGCCCAGAUGCAGCUGGAUAAGCUGAAGAAAACUAAUGUCUUCAAUGCGACCUUCCACAUCUGGCACAGUGGACAGUUCGGUACAAUCAAUAACUUCCGACUGGGUCGCCUGCCCAGUGUUCCCGUGGAAUGGAAUGAGAUCAAUGCUGCCUGGGGUCAGACGGUGUUGCUGCUCCACGCCCUGGCCAAUAAGAUGGGUCUGAAAUUUCAGAGGUAUCGACUUGUUCCCUAUGGAAACCAUUCAUAUCUGGAGUCUCUGACAGACAAAUCUAAGGAGCUGCCGUUAUAUUGCUCUGGGGGGUUGCGGUUUUUCUGGGACAACAAGUUUGACCAUGCCAUGGUGGCUUUCCUGGACUGUGUGCAGCAGUUCAAAGAAGAGGUAGAGAAAGGCGAGACCCGUUUUUGUCUUCCUUACAGGAUGGAUGUGGAGAAGGGCAAGAUUGAAGACACAGGAGGAAGUGGCGGCUCCUAUUCGAUCAAAACCCAGUUUAACUCUGAGGAACAGUGGACAAAAGCUCUCAAGUUCAUGCUGACGAAUCUUAAGUGGGGGCUUGCUUGGGUGUCCUCACAGUUUUAUAACAAAUGACUUUUUUUUUCCUUAGGGAAAUGUUUGCCUUAAAGGCUUUAAAUUUUGUUUUGUUUGCAAAGAGAAAAAAUGUUUUAAAUUAAAUUUGGGUACUAUUAAACAGCACACGUUUACAAUACCAAAAAAGAAGAAAAAUCCACAAAAGCCACUUUAUUUUAGGAUAUCAUGUGACAGAUAGUUUCCAGAGCUACCAGCCUUUGUCAUAGUUUUGACUCUUAACCCCAUACCUUCCUUGCCCUCUCUCCCCUCAAAACAACUAAUUUAAAUUUGCUUUUGUUGUUGCUGUUGUUAACUGAGUUGAAUUAAGAUUGAUUGUGUUUUCAUUGGGUUUUAUCUCUCUCAACUUCCUGCACUUACAAUAUGAGCUAGAACCCUUUUUUUUUUUAAGAUUUUAUUUAGUCAUUUGACAGAGAGAGACACAGCGAGAGAGGGAACACAAGCAGGGGGAGUGGGAGAGGGAGAAGCAGGCUUCCCGCCGAGCAGGGAGCCCGAUGCGGGACUCAAUCCCAGGACCCUGGGAUCAUGACCUGAGCCGAAGGCAGACGCUUAACGACUGAGCCACCCAGGCGCCCCAUGAACUAGAAACUUCUAUCUCCACUGAGACAACAAGAUGUGUGAGACAUACAGUUGGAUAAUGUGAGAAAGUGAUGCAUAAGCUUUGGUCACCUGGUGGUAUGAUCGGAAGCUUGAAAUUUAACACUUGUCCUUUCUCAGUUCUCGUGCUGCCUGCCUAUUCUGCUCUCUGUUAGAAAUAUGAAAUCGUGUUUGAUAUUGUCUGAGACAUUAUGGAAAGAUUUAAUUAUUUGUAAUAAAAGAUUUACUGCAGUCUGAUAACUG